CAUCACCUGCAGCCAUCAGAGAGUUCAGUGCAAAUGGGCGGUGUUUACACUGGACAAGGAAGCCCUAACGCAAUCAUUCAAGCCAUAUUUUUCGCUUGUAGCUGAGGCAGCAACCCGAGCACUAUGACUAUAUUAAUGUCUGACCGUACGUGUAUGUCGUGGCCGCUGUUUUUGAAGUAGUGAGGCUCGCUUGCUGGUGGUGGUCCGGCCUGCCGUCCUGAGCGCUGUCUGCAGCGGUAGUGUAGAUGCCUCGGCCGAGAUGAGUGUGAAGGCUUUUGAGCUUGUCCCCGCUGUGGAGCGAGAUCUCCUCAUGGGCGACAAGGCUCGCAUCAACAUCGAGUGCAUUGAAUGUUGUGGAAAGCACUUGUACCUGGGUACCAAUGACUGCUUCAUCCACCACUUCCUGCUGGACGAGGUCACUUCCACCAAAGGGAAACGUAGUUACUCGGCUCAGAAGCUGCUGCACAAAUAUCUGGGCCUCAAGAAACCAGUUGCUGAGCUGCGCGCCGCCUCUGCUUUGGAGCGUCUGAUCGUGCUUUGUGAUGGAAUUGUAUUCCUUGUUGAUAUGGUGACACUGGAGACUGUGCCCUCGGCUGCAGGUGGUGGAGCCAAGAUCAGGGGUGUGACGGCGUUCUGCAUCAAUGAGAACCCGGUGAACGGUGAUCCGUUCUGUGUGGAAAUGGGUGUGCUCUCCUCCAAGCGGCGGAUGGUGCAGAUUUACAUGGUGUAUGAGGACAGAGUGCAGCUGGUCAAAGAGGUGAGCACUCCUGAGCAGCCCUGCGCCGUCAGUCUUGACGGUUACUUCUUGUGCCUGGCGCUUGCUACACAGUACAUGAUUCUGAACUACAACACAGGAGCCUCCCAAGAUCUAUUCCCUUACAACAGCGAGGACAGGAGACCUAUUGUGAAGAGGAUUGGCCGGGAAGAGUUCCUCUUAGCUGCACCUGGUGGUCUGGGAAUGUUUGCCAAUGCAGAAGGUGUAUCUCAGCGGGCUCCAGUCAACUGGUCAGAGAGCGUGAUUGGUGCCGCUGUGUGUUUUCCGUACGUGGUAGCUUUGGAUGAGAGCUUCAUCACCAUCCACAGCAUGUUGGACCAACAGCUAAAACAGACCCUUUCAUUCAGGGAUGGACACAUUCUGCAAGACUUUGAAGGAAAGGUCAUUCUGGCUUCCACUAAAGCGGUGUACGUCCUGGUGCCUCUGCCGCUGGAGAAACAGAUCCAGGACUUACUGGCCAGUCACAGAGUGGAGGAGGCACUCAUCCUCACAGAGGGAGCACAGAGAAAUAUUCCCAAAGACAAGUUCCAGAUUUUGCACAAAAGGAUUCUCCAGCAGGCAGGUUUCAUUCAGUUCGGCCAACUUCAGUUUCUAGAAGCAAAAGAACAUUUCAGGAAGGGUCAGCUGGAUGUGCGGGAGCUGAUCUCUCUCUACCCGUUGCUGCUGCCAGCUUCCUCUUCAUUCACACGCUGCCAUCCUCCCCUCCACGAGUUUGCAGAUCUCAACCACCUGGCACAGGGUGACCAGGAAAAAGUGCUGCGAUGCAAGAGAUUCCUCAUCAGCUAUCUAGGAGAGGUACGAAGCACAGAGGUAGCCAACGGCUGCAGAGAGGACGUAGACACUGCGCUCUUAAAGCUGUAUGCUGAGCAGGACCAUGACAGUCUUCUAGACCUGCUAGCUUCAGAGAAUGCCUGCCUAUUAGCAGACAGCGCCCCAUGGCUGGAGAAAUACCACAAAUAUUUUGCACUUGGGCUGCUCUAUCAUUAUAAUGGCCAGGAUUCAGCAGCACUUCAGUUGUGGAUCCGUGUGGUGGAUGGGGAGCUACAGGACCCCACAAGAUCAGACCUUCAUGAGUACAUUGUGGACUUCCUGUGCUCCUGCUCUAAUCUUGAUCUCGUAUGGAAGUAUGCAGACUGGGCCCUGCGGAAGGAUCCCACUAAAGGUGUCCACAUCUUCACGAAGAGGCCUGGCAGUAAAGAUCAGUCAGAAUUGAACUCUGAUGAUGUCAUCACAUACCUAGAAAAGCACAGCCAGGCGUUGCUUCUGUACUUGGAAUACUUGGUGCUGGAGAGAAAGAUACAGAAAGAGAAGUUUCACACACACCUAGCUGUGUUGUACCUGGAGAGGGUCUUGUCAUUAAUUUCGAAGUCACCAAAAGAUGAAGAGAAGCUCAACAGAGCAAGAGAGAGGCUUCAAGCCCUGCUCAGGGAGUCCAACCUUUACCGUGUGCAGUAUCUUUUAGGUAAGACAGAGAGCUGUGAACAGCUGCUGCUAGAGCGUGCGACACUACAUGGAAAACUGGAGGAGCAUGACAAAGCACUGCACAUAUUGGUACACAAGCUCAGAGACUUCCCGUCCGCUGAGGCCUUCUGUACGUGGGCCUCGUCUACUCGGGAUUCUGCUUACAGACAGCAGCUAUUUCACCUGCUCUUGGGGGUGUAUUUAGACGGGAACCAGACAGCAGCAGGGGGUGGCAGCGGGGACCUUGAGAUGGCAGCAGUGGACCUUCUAAAUCGACAUGGCGAGGUGUUCGAUGCAGUCCAGGUGCUGCGCAUGCUCCCUGAGGGCUGGUCACUUCAGCUGCUGCGGCCCUUCUUGGGUCGAGCUGUCAGGGCCAGCAUGCACGCCUGCCGCACCUCCCAGAUCGCACUGGGGCUAUCCCACUCUGAAAACCUUCAAUUGCUGCAUGACAGGCUGAAAGAGCGGAAGAAACCUAUCUUUGUGUCUGAAAAGAAGGGAUGCCACCUGUGCCACAACACCUUCAGCGAGCCUGACGUGGUGUGUCUGCCGGGUGGAGUGCCCGUCCACACUCACUGUGUUGCCCAGAGAGUAAGAGACUCUCCCACAAAGAGACAGUUAACUAAUAGCAGCAACCACACGUGAGACUUUACCCUUGAAAUUACCAUGUGAUCUGCUAUCAGAGGCACCAAACAAAAGCAGGACUUGCUCAGUUUUUGCUUGGCUGAGGACUGUGGGGAAUAUCGAUAAGCACAGAGCAGUCAUUGCAAUAGUAAGCUGAGAAACACAAAGAAAGCUUGUGUGUGUGUGUGAGAGUGCAAGGGAGAAACAGAUGAUUUCAUCUAUUUAUUCCUGUGCAACAAUUAUAUCACACUUUGAGACUGCAAGUUUUUAUAGAAGUAAAAAGUAACAACAGCUGAACCACCCGGCCCUUUAAUCGUGUGAACAGUGAUCAGUUUAAAGACAUGCUCCUGAGCUUCUGUUUGGGUUCAGCGCUGUACCGGUCCUUGUCUUUGCUUGAACAGUUUGAAACCUGAAUUUGAGAAGCUGCUUGAACUACAGAACUCGCAAUAUUUGAAACCAGUUGCAAAUGUUUCUGACGCAUGCAUAGUUUUACCACUCUUACGGCUCUGGUCUGAUCACCGCAUAUGGAUAUUGUAUUAAUAUUGUCCUAACUUGCAUAUUGCAGUGUUGGGUUAUAAUGUGAAAUACUAAUAAGACUCUUCAGUACUGAUGGAGUCUCUUUUGUCUGUCUUUUACUCUCUGAGAUGUCUUCUUUUUCCCGUCAGCCAGAAGGGCAAUCGAUGUUGUAUUCACAGUAUUUCAAUUGGUGACAAUUUGAUCCAAACAUUUUUUAAAAUUUUGGUGUCCUUUUCUCUGUGCAUCGUCUGUGGAGCAAGAACAGUGCAAACAGUACAUGAAAUCUUCCAUUGCUCCACUCAUCAGUAAAUUUAACUUGGGAUUCAGUAUUCAAACUAGGUAUAUCAGUAUCAUUAUUUUCUGUGUCCGAACCCCGAUAAAAUAAAUAAUGUAGCAUCUUCUCUUUGUCUGUCGUUUCACUCAAUGUCCCGCCCUCAACACAAUCUGAUUGGUUACAUGUCAAGUAAUGUUAAGUAAUUUGACUGAGCAAAGUAACUAGUAACUAAAGUGAACAAAUAAAUGUAGAGGAGUGGAUGCAAAAUGGAAUUACUUGAGUACACUGUUCUUGGUUACAUUCGGUCACUGGUUAUUCUUAAUUUUGACUGAGACUUUUAAUUUUACUGCAAAUGUGUACUGGUUUCAACUAUCAGUUAUCAGAUCCCUAAUUCAGUCAGACUCAAAGUGAGCUUCUAAGACAUGCAACAGAUCAAACUAUCUUUACCGAGUCUGUCGGUGAGGGACAGAUGAAAUAAUUUAGGAGGGAUCCUCAGUGUCCAUUGCUGUCAUAGAUGAAUUUAGUUUGUCUGAAUCCUGCAUCAUAAAACAAGUGUCAGAAGAUUUUUUUUCUUGAGGAGGUGCAAGGACACAAUUUGUUCCAAACAUAUGAAUAAACAUUUACUAUUUCCAUAAGUAAGCAACAAGAAGAGAUAAUUGUAAUUUAUCUGUGAUUACCAUCAACAUAGAUGUAUAAAAGAUAUCCUGUCCAUUUCCUAAAGACAUGAAAUAGCAUUUGACCACAAGAUGGCAGUAAUGUGUCAAAUAUCGAAAACGAAUGGAUGAAACCAGGAGUGUUAUAGAGUCCUCCAACCAAUUCCAUUUUUAUUCCAUCUGUUUUUCAACCACAGUCCAUUAACACAUAAGCAGGUCAUGGUUAAAUGGAAAUGUCAUUGGAGCUUCAGAUUACGCGGCUGAGGUGGACAAAAAUGACUCCUACUGAAAUUACUGUCGAAGACAACUGUUGUCUCAUAAUGCAUUCUAAUGCAUUGCACAUAACCCCCUUAAGUCAAACUGUGACAGACAAAACCUAUAUCAUCCACGUCGUUGAUGGCCAACACGCUGCUUGAUACAUCUCAGCUUUCAUAACUCCCUCUUCCCACAGUGUUGGAGUUAUAGCUUUAACCUUUUUACCAUGACACCCCUCUCAAGAACAGAAAGCGACAGAAGUCGGCCAUCAUAACGAAGCCCUGAAAUUCAUUACAGGCUUGUCACCACAGAACGCCGCUUUGUCCUUCAGUGUACUUCCAAAUGUCGUAUAUGUGUCAGAUUACAAUAAAGUUCAGGUUGGAACGUCAUAAAUGUUUCUUGCAGAUGGACAUAACUAAUUGCAGGUGCAUAAAGUGUGUGUGUAGCUACAGAGACAUGUUCCUAAAUGUCUGCUGAAGGUGAUGCUUUGCUAAAUAUGGUUCAUGUCGAACUAUUUCACUCUUAAAAACGGUGUUAUUGGAGGUGGCAGAAGAUGCAUUAAUUUCGCAAUGGAAGACAGAGAGAAAACUGACAAAAACUAAACUUAGUUUAGCAAAGCUGCUGAACACCGAUUACACUUGAAGUUUAGCAGAUGUGUAACUCUGUUUUCUUGUCAUUUUUAACAGAUGUCUCUUGUUCAAGAUGAAAAUGAAUCCUUACCCAUUGCACACUACAAACUCUGCAAAAGAUGUUUAGCCAGAUUAGUACUGAAAAAAGAGAAAAUCUGUCAGUACUCCCAAAAUCAACUCUCUGCCAGUUUCUGAGUAAAAAUUGAAGCAAGCAGAAUCCAAAACAACAGAGAAGUUUGUCUCCUCAGAUGUUUAUUUUUAAUUGUCGGUUUUACUUUUAACUUAUUUACAAUUGUCCAGCUUUCUUUAACACAUCACUUUUUGUGGGUUUUGGCUUGUUUCUCUGGUGCCUGUGCUGUUGAUGCUAGCCUUCUGUGAUUGCCACCCAUUUCUGCAGGGAACUGGGUGCAAACAUGGGACUAUUUUUCUAACAUGGAGAUCUGAAUAUUGUAGAUACUGUAGGCUUGACUCACUUUCCAUGACAGGAAUUCACAGCUUACGCACAGCAUCUUUCUGUCUGAACAGUUUUAAGUGUAGCUUGCUUAAAAAAGGCGUCCUUAUCAUCACUUCAAAUAAUAAAGAAAAAAUACAGUACAGUUGUGUGGAGAAAAUGCUAUUGUAUUUUAUAAAUAUAUACUGAUAUGUAUAUACUGCAUUUGUACUUGUUUGUCGCUUUCUAAAUCAAUGCUGAUGUGGAUGGGGAGUACCAACUGUAAAUCCAUCCCACCUUAAUAAAAAUGAAACUGUAUAUCAA